UUUUUUGGUCAUCCUGAAGUUUAUAUUUUAAUUUUACCUGGAUUUGGUAUUAUUUCUCAUAUUAUUUAUAAUGAAAGAGGUAAAAAAGAAACAUUUGGUUCAUUAGGUAUAAUUUAUGCUAUAUUAACUAUUGGAUUUUUAGGUUUUAUUGUCUGAGCUCAUCAUAUAUUUACUAUUGGUAUAGAUGUUGAUACACGAGCUUAUUUUACUUCAGCUACAAUAAUUAUUGCUGUUCCUACUGGUAUUAAGGUAUUUAGGUGAUUAGCUUCUUUAAGUGGGGUAAAAAUUAAUUUAAAUUUAAGUAUAUAUUGAUCCAUUGGUUUUAUUAUUUUAUUUACUUUAGGAGGUUUAACUGGUAUUAUUUUAUCUAAUUCUUCAGUUGAUAUUAUUUUGCAUGAUACAUAUUAUGUUGUUGCUCAUUUUCAUUAUGUAUUAUCUAUAGGGGCUGUAUUUGCUAUUAUAGCUGGUUUUAUUUAUUGAUACCCUUUAUUUUUAGGGUUAAUUAUACAUGAUAAAAUAUUAAAAAUUCAGUUUUUUUUAAUGUUUAUAGGGGUAAAUUUAACUUUUUUUCCCCAACAUUUUUUAGGUAUAAGAGGGAUACCUCGUCGUUAUUCAGAUUAUCCAGAUAUAUAUAUAUCUUGAAAUAUUGUUUCUUCUUUUGGGUCUAUUAUAACUUUAGUAAGAAUUUUAUUAUUUAUUUAUUUAGUUUGAGAUAGAUUUAUUUCUUAUCGAUGUGUUAUUUUUUUAAGAUUUAGUAAUUCUUCUAUUGAAUGAUUUCAAUAUUAUCCUCCUUUAAUUCAUUCAUAUAUACAAUUACCUUUAUUAAUUAAUAAAUUUUAAUAUGGCAGAUUAGUGCAAUGAAUUUAAGAUUCAUAAAUAAAAAUUAUUUUUUUAUUAAAAAUAUAUAUUUGAAGAAUAAUAAAUUUUCAAGAUUAUAAUUCUUAUAUUAGUUUAUUAAUAAUUGAAUUUCAUGAUUAUGCUUUAAUAAUUUUAUUAAUUAUUAUAUUUUUUAUUAUUUAUAUUUUAAUUUGAUUUAUAUUUAAUAUUUAUAUUAAUAAAAAUAUUUUACAUCAUCAAAUAUUGGAAAUUAUUUGAACAUUAAUUCCUGUUUUUAUUUUAUUUUUUUUAGCUGUUCCUUCUUUAAAAAUUUUAUAUAUAAUUGAAGAAAUGUUAAAUCCUUAUUUAACAAUUAAAAUUAUUGGUCAUCAAUGAUAUUGAAGAUAUGAAUAUUCUGAUUUUUAUACUUUAAUAUUUGAUUCUUUUAUAAUUUCAGAUUAUGUUGAUAAUAGAGUAUUUCGUUUAUUAGAUGUUGAUAAUCGAUUAAUCUUACCUUUUAAUAUAAAUAUUCGAGGUAUUGUUACAUCAGUAGAUGUUAUUCAUUCUUGGGCUAUUCCAAUAAUAGGGGUUAAAGUUGAUGCUAUUCCUGGGCGUAUGAAUCAAUGUAAUAUUUAUAUAAAUCGAUUAGGGGUUUAUUUUGGUCAAUGUUCAGAAAUUUGUGGGUUAAAUCAUAGAUUUAUACCAAUUGUUUUGGAAAGAGUAAAUUUUGAAAUAUUUUUAUUUUGGGUAAAAAAUUUUUAAAACUUAUUAUUUAUAUUAAUAUUUUUAAAUUGACAAUUUAAUGUUAUGAUUUAACUAAAGUUUA